UGUAUGUACACAAACGUAAUUGCUGCGUUUAAUUGUGAUAUGUGAUCUUGCUUUUGAACGCGUCAGUAGCUUAAUUUAAUAAACUAGGCACAUUAAAAGCAUUAAAAGCUUCUGAUAAUUUUUUGCUUCUGUUUUUAAUUAAAAAAAACUUUUCAAGAUGACUAUGGCCAUGCUUCAACGUCGCGCAAAUGUGAGAUUACCUCCAGAAGUCAAUCGGGUCUUAUACAUCAGAAAUCUUCCCUAUAAAAUAACAGCUGAGGAGAUGUAUGAUAUAUUUGGAAAGUAUGGAGCGAUCAGGCAAAUAAGAGUUGGAAAUACCGCAGAAACUCGUGGAACGGCGUUCGUAGUGUAUGAAGACAUCUUCGACGCCAAAAACGCGUGUGACCACCUGAGCGGGUUCAAUGUGUGUAAUCGCUAUCUGGUGGUGCUCUACUACCAGUCUAAUAAGGCGUUUAAACGGGUGGACGUUGAUAAGAAGAUGGAAGACUUAGAAAAGUUAAAAACAAAAUACAACUUAAAUGACGAGAAAAAAUAGUUUUAAUAAUAUAAACUUUUUUCAUUAUAUAAUAUUUAUUAUGUAUUAUACACAGUAAGACUGUAAAUACUUUGUGUUUAACUAGCCAGUAAAAAUUAAAAUUAAGUUUUUAUUGAAAAAUAAACGAUACUUCAGAAAAUGA